GGCCGCCACAACAUUUGCUCACUGCAGGUCGAAGCAUCUGUAGAUUUGCAAACGCCACGACCUUAUUGUUGCAAAAGUCAUUAUGUAAAUGUUAUAUACGAUACAUGUUAUAUCCAUCAUAGCAAAAGCCGUGCGUGAUGUAGGUCACGAAUCUUCAUUGAUCCGUCUUAUGUGGGACCCAAUGCGUACGGUAAGAGUCAUGCUUUGAACGACACGUAGAUAUUUUAAAGAGCAAACAAAUUUUCAGAAAAUACAAAAAUAAAAGACUAAAAUAAAAUUGUAGGAGUCUAAAAAUUGACAGUAGGUAAUAUAUUACCGUUUCUUCAUAUCACCUAUAAAAUGGGAAGGGGGUAUCAUGCAUCACAUUCCUAUCGGAUUUUUCUGACCGACACAACAGUGAAGUCCCAUUCUGUCUCUGCGACGUCAAUAUCCUCCGCAAACGAAAUGUCUGGUUUGGCAGAUAUCUGGUUCCAGUCACAUAAUUCAGUUCUACAAGAAGUCUAAUUCGCAUACGUUUUUAUUCAUACCUGUAAAUCGUUCAACAAAUAUACACCAUGUCAUCUUUGAGUAACGAUUCAGCAUUGAACAUAAAUGGAUCCACAAUUUCAUUUGCUACAUCUACUUAUGAAGGGUUAGAGGAACCAAAUAAAAUGAUUGAUGGGCAGCGCACUACAUACUGGGCUACCAGUGGUCUUUAUCCCCAGCAGUUCACAUUAACUUUCCCCAAAUUAAUAUCAGUCAAUUCAAUCAAAGUGCGAUGUUAUAUGGUGCGACUUCUACAAGUUGAGAAAUGUGAUGCAGAGAAACCUGGUAACUUCAGUGUUGUUUGUGAGAAAGAAUUAGAUCCAACAGAUGUGGAGCAUCAAAUACAACCUUUGUAUGAAGGACAAUUGUCUGCUCAUCACAUCAGAUUCACAAUAUUAUCUGGCUAUGAUCAUAUUUGUGCAAUAUAUAAGAUUGAAGUUGAGGGUUCAGAUUCACAUUCUGAAGGAAAUGUGCAAAGGGAAUUUUCUGUCGAUGAAUUUGGAAGAAUCGGUAACAGAAGAGACACAGAAUGGGCCUCAUCACCUAAAAAACAAAUUCCUUUUGCCUCUUCCAUGGAUACUUUACAAGAAUUUGAGGAAGCCCCAGUACAGUAUUUAAAUAAUAGAAAUGGUGAAGAUGAUGAUGAUGAAAGUGAAGAUAAUAAUAACGAGAACAGUGAUUUUCAACAAAUAAAUGAUUUCCUACCAGUCUCUACUGCUCGAUCCCCUUCAGAAUUGCCUACAUCAACCAUGCAAGUUCCCCUUGGUUCCCCUUCUAUCAUUUCUCAGAGAUCACCUUCCUUGUCAUUGGUUGGAAAUUCAUCGGAAGUAAGAAGGCCUUCUACUGCUCAAAGAAGUAGUACUGGACGUAAUAGCAUAAUGAAGAAAACAAAAUUAGAAAUGUUCACUGAAUCAGAAGAGGUCUCAUCUGGAGAAGAAUUUUAAAAUAUGAAGAAGAAAUAAACAAAAACAAAAAAAUAAACAACAACAACAAAAGGUUUCUUUCUUGUGCAUUUCUGGGACCAAACUGUCUACAAGAAUUAAUAAUAAAAAUAAUUAUUUUUUAUUAAUAUUUUACAUUAAAUAAUAUGUAAUGUAAAAAAGAUUUUACUUGAUAUUGUAUUAUAAUGACAUGCAUUUUAUUUUGAGCAUGUUAAUAUGUUGAAUUCUUGAAAUUUAUUUUUUGAAAAAUAUUGUUGAAAAUAUUUUUAUGAAAGUGGGUAUUGAAGGAAUUACAUUAUUAACUUACACGUAAAAGAUAUUUUAUUGACUUGACUUUUAAAGUGAAUCCUCUAUUCUUGAAUUAUCUUCUUUCCUACACAUUAAUGUCUUUGCGUAGUUGAGUUUUCCUGAAAUGUAUAUUACAUAUCACUCAAAUAAUUAACCACAAUGAUUUAAAAGUUGUACCAUAUAGAUUAUACAUCAUUGAAGAAAAUAUUGUUAAAUAUACGUGAAUCAAAUACUGAAAAGUAAUAAACAAAUAAUUUGGAAAUAAAAAUAUAUUAUGUUCUGUAUUCUCAUAUUCUAAAUUGUUCAUGUUUUAUAUUUGUUCAAAUUAUUUGAAGAACACCCUUAUUAUUAGAUAAAGUUUUGAAAAAAAAUGUAGUACUGCAAACCGGAAUGAACAGGGACAGGUAAUAUUUUUUUAAUUAAAUGUAAUAAAAAAUGUUAUGAAUUUAUUUAUAAUUAAAGUGAAAGAUUGUUUCAUUACUUACCUUUAGAACCAAAUAUCAUCAGUAUAGCAUGACUCAGUGUGUACUGGUGAUUAAAUAGUUUUCCUAUUCACCCAAUAGAUGGGGUCAACAGAGGCAGUUAUAAAUAUAGCCUGGAUUUCUGUGCAGUAAAAAUGCCUAAAAUAUGUCGUAUAAUAUGCACAAUAAAUAUUUAAAAUAUGCAUUAAAUAUGCAGAAUAGAGUUCACAAGGAUAUAAAUAUUUCUAAAAUGCAAUGAAAAGUGUAUGCAGAAUUUGAAUUGUGUUACAAUGCAAUGGCCUCAUUGAAACGUUAACAAAGGAAUCAUCGGUAGAAAAAUAUGUUUUCAAAAUAAUUUUAUUUUUUAAUCUCAUGUAACUAACCAUACAUUGAAACACUGUCAUUUUUUCAUGUUCUAAUAUUUGGGAAUGUGAAGGAGAUUUAAGAAAUGUGCGUAAAGUCAUUGAACAAAGAACAUUUUAUAAUUAGGUAAAAAUUAUUAAAAUUUAUAACAAGUUACUUUUCUAAAUGUGUUUCUGAAAAACUGGUUCUUCACUCAGUUGAGAAUAUUUAAAAUAAAUAAAGUAAUAUAUUCAUUGAACAAAGU